AUGGGACUCGAUGAUCGAUCGCACGACGAAGAUGCGCUGAGUACGACGUCGUCCGAUACGCAUGAGCCGGCGUUCCAUGAAGAGCACAUGCAGGCGAGUGUGCGCGACAUGACGGUGCGCGACUCGAUCAGUGCGAUGGCCGUGAGUCGCUCGCAUGUGGCGCUGGGCAUGCAAUCGGGCAUGAUGUACAUUGUCUCGCUUGAGGGCCACCUGGAGAAGGGGUUCCGCUUCCACACGGCGCCGAUCCUGGAUCUGGUGUUCGACGCGACGGGCGAGUUUGUUGCGAGCGCCGGCAUGGACGGCAUCGCGGCGAUUGCGUCGCUCACGACGUCGGAGCAGUACCAGUUUGACGCGCGGCGUCCCCUGCGUGUGAUCCGCCUCGAGCCGCACUUUGCGUCGCGCUCCAGCCGUGCGUUCGUGUGUGGCGGCAUGUCCGGCGUCCUGACGUACCGCGAGAAGCGGUGGUUCGGGCACCGCGAUGUCGUCCUGCACAGCGACGAGGGCCCGAUCUGGGCGCUCGCGUGGCGUGGACGCUGGCUGGCGUGGGCAAAUGACCGCGGUGUGCGUGUCGCGCAUGCUCAGACACACGAGAUGAUCACGCUGAUGCCGACGCCCGACGACGCGCCGCGCCCAGAGCUGGCCCGGUGCACGUUGGCAUGGCGCGAUGCGAGCACGCUUGUCGUGGCCCACGGCGACCGCAUUACGAUUGCACGGAUCUGCGAAGCGAGUGACUCGCACUUUGUCGAGGUGACGGACAUUUUGCAGCUGGACUGCCUCGUCGCAGAGAUGGCAUGCACGCCUCAGUCGAUGUUCAUUCUUGCGUGUGUCGAAUACGACGACGGCGUCGCGCCCGAGCUGCGCUGCGUGAGUUGGCAGGGCGAGGAGCUGAGCAGUGAUGCGCUGGAUAUGCAGCGGAGUCGGUGCAUGAAUGACUGGCACAUGUGCAUGGCGCAAGAAGUUCGGUAUGAUCCUCUUCGGCAACACGACAUGCGCCGCCCUGUGUUGUACGUGGCGUCGCCGCGGCAACUGAGCGUGCUGCGCCCGCGGGAUGAGCGCGACCAUAUUGCCUGGCUUCUCGCUCGGCGCGCGUACCGCCAGGCGCUCGAGGCGCUCGAGGCGCUGGGCAGUGCACCGGCGGCUGCGUUGGGAUACGACGUCGCUGCGAUUGGGCGUGAGUAUCUUUGGUACCUCAUGGAGGAGCGUGGCGCGUAUGCGGAGGCCGCCGCGCUCAUGCCGCUGCUGCUCCGGACCGACCGAGGCGCGUGGGACACGUUUGUGUGCUGCUACCUCGAGCGGCACCAAGUGGAUGCGAUACUCCCGCACAUUCCGACGCAGGACCCCCAGCUGAGUGAGAUGGUGUACGAUCUCGUGCUGGUGCAUCUGCUGCAGCACGAUCCCACGCAGCUGUUGGCGACGCUCCGCGCAUGGCCGAGUCACAUCUACUCGAAGCAGGCGGUGGCUGCGGCGAUCGGCGAUCACGCACGAAACAGCCGCACGCUGCUCGAGUGCCUCGCACAGCUGUACAUGGCCGCACAUCAGCCCGGCAAGGCUCUGACGUACUACAUGCGCCUGCGUGAUCCAUGCGUGUUUGAUCUCAUUCGCGAGUACGAUCUGCUGAUCGAUGUGCAGCACCACAUCGGCACGCUCGUCGAGCUCGAUCAGGAAUGCGCCGGCUCCACUGAGCCGCGCUCCAGCGCGCUUAUGCCGCUGCUCGUGCCAUAUACCCACUCGAUUCCCAUCCAGCGCGCCAUGGCGCAGCUCGAGCCCUAUCCGUGGUACGCGUACUUGUACUUGGACGCCUUGUACGAGCGUGAUCCAUCGCUCGUGACCCACUAUGCCAUGGACCUGCUGAGGCUGUACUGCCGCUUUGACUAUGCCCGACUCAUGCCGUUUCUGCGCACGAUGAGCUCGGCGUACUCACUCAAAGACGCCUACGACGUCUGCGAGACCUACAGCUAUGUGCCGGAAAUGGUGUUCCUGCGCGGCCGAACGGGCGAUGUCGUGGGCGCCUUGCAGCUGAUCCUGGAGCGCCUCCAGCAUGUCGACAUGGCGCUGGACUUUGUGCGGCAGCAGGACGACGCGGAGCUCUGGGACACGCUGCUGGCCUAUUCACAGGACAAGCCGGCCUAUAUCCGCGGCUUGCUCGAGCAGGCCAGCGGCGAGAUUGACCCUGUCCGCAUCAUCCGCCCUAUCCAGGACGGCCUCGAGAUACCCGGCCUACGUCCCUCGCUGAUCAAGAUCUUUCACAACUUCCAUGCGCAGCAUGCGCUGCUGGGCGUGGGCCUGGCUGUCCUGCAGCGUGAUGCGUACGAGCGCCUCGCCGAGUACGACACAGCCUGUCAGGCGGCGCUCGUCUGCGACGCACGCACCCUGUGUACCGUGUGCCUCCAGCCGCUUCUUGCUGCGGCGGUGCCCAUCGUCUUGUUCUUGUGUCGCUUGCAUGCGGCCCACCUGACCUGCGUCACGUCCGCUUCCAUGCCGCCACUCCCACCGGCCGUUUUCGCACCCGUGCAUGAAACGACGACGCAGCAGUACCGGCGCACUCGAGCGACCACGGACCUGACUCGCUCGCCGGGGCGAAUAGCCCAGGAACGUGCGGACCGACGUGCGUGGCUCUAUGCACGACAAGCGCGACGCCUCGUGCGUGGAUGCCCAGCCUGUGCCGAGGCACAGCGCGAUCGCCUGGCUGACUAG